GCAAAUGUUAGUAAUGGUUAUGUGCAUAAUGCACAUAGUUCAGUGAGCAAUUAUUUGCAAAGCCUUCUUUCUCAACUUGGCGGAAGUUAUAAAAAACCUUCUACUACAUCCCCUCUGACUACAUCAUCGACAACUGAGUACAAACUGGAAGAAGAAGAAGAAGAAGAUGAUUGGAUACCAGAUUCAUUGGAAGGACAACUAGAAGAUGAAAACGCAAUUGCUGCAAGAACUACUACAACUACUCCAGCAACUGGAUCCAGUUAUAACCCUCAACAAUAUCCUCCUGUAUAUGAAGAAGAAGAAGAAGAUGAUUGGAUACCAGAUUCUUUGGAAGGACAAUUAGAAGAUGAAAACGCAAUUGCUGCAAGAACUACUACAACCACCACAACAACUACAACUCCUUCGCCUGCACUUAAUAUUUAG